AUGUUACCCCGAAUUACCGAUCAACAUCGUGUGUCAUCCACUAUGAUGUUUUUGUCAUCUAAAAAUUUAAUUGAUCCAUGUGCUAAUGACACAGCAAAAAUAUGUUUGUUCUUCGAUAAGCUAUUCGAUUCCUUGAAUGGUAGUUUUGAUGGAGUAAUAGAUGGGAAAAUUUAUCGAACAUCAAUAAAAAAGAACUCUCCUCAUCAUGCACUUUGGGCGGAAAGUCUUCAAGUUCUUUCCACAAUGAAAUUUGUUAAUAAAAAUGGAAAAACAUGUGUUGUACCAACCAUAGAGAAUUGGAUGAAAACAAUACGAGGUUUUCAAAAAUUGUUUAAAACAUUGUAUACAAUUAUGGCAUUCGCACGUAGUGUCAGCUCAAGUAAUCCAUCAUGCCACGCAUUUGCAUCAGCAUAUAAAACAUUAUUGUUGAACAAUUUAAUGUCAUCUAAUUCACCAGGCUUAAACUGUGAAGAUAUAGUUGAAGCAAGUCUAACAUCUUAUAGAAAUUUAAUUAUUAAAGACCCUAAUGACAUGAAUGUGGUACAAAAUAAUUGUAACAUAACUGUUGAUCUACCUGUAACCAUUUUUAACGUGCCAAUGGGUAUUAAUGUUUUACGGGAGAAUGUUCAUACCUAUAUAGCUGGAUACAUUUUAAAAAAACUAAACAAAAACUUAUUUAAAAAUUGUAAAAUCUGUCUUAAAAAUCUUUGUGCUAACAAUGUGACAACAACGCAUGAUCUAAUAACAGCUAGAGAUUACACUUUUAAUAGACAGUCAUUAAAAUACCCGUGUCAGAUAUUCGCUUCUUUGGUUCAACAAAUAAUUGAAUAUGUAACCGGACAAAUGUCUAAAAUUUGUCAUCAUAAAGAUAUUUGUAUAACACUAAGUUUUAACAUAAGGAAUAAUUUUAAUUUUAAAGACCUUCCACUGUGCUCAAACCAUAAUGGUGAAAUUUUUGUUAAAAAAAUUAUAAAUAGUAUUGUUUUCUUAAUGCUUAACCAUUGGUGUACAGAAAUAAAUAGAAUUUUAAUAGGGAAGAAAAAAAUUCACCACUUGGAAUCUGAUCCGAUGAAACUAAAAGCAAAUGUCUGGCACGCAAAACAUUCUAAAAAACCAAAAAACACCCUAGGAAAAUUCAACAGUGUUGCUUAA